UAAAAAAACAAGAGGAUAACGCAAAACCCUCCUUUCCGCCUUCAGCUUCUUCGUCCAAACAAUCAAAGAGGGAAGAACAAUGGCUGCCUCUUCGGCUUUUCUUUCCACUUUUGUUUCGCCUCAAGCCCUCUCCUUCCCACCCAAAUCCUCCUCUUCUACGCGUCUCCUCCUUCCCACUAACGUGCGCAUGGUACGAACUGUGACUCUAGCCACCACUUCGAAUCCCGCCACUGGCACCCGUACGCCACGCGGCAUCACGAAGCCGCGUAGUGUUACGCCCGACAUGCAGGCUUUCGUCGGAGUUCCCGAAAUUCCCCGAACUCAAGCUCUUAAGCUGAUUUGGGCUUACAUUAAAGAGCACAAUCUUCAGGACCCUGAUAACAAGAAGAUGAUAAAUUGUGAUGAGAAGCUGAAGAAGAUAUUUGGAGGGAAAGAUCGGAUCGGAUUUCUUGAAAUUGCUGGGUUGAUUAGUCCUCACUUUCUCUGAUGAAUUCGAGGGGGAGAGAGAGAGGUCAGAAAAUAGGUAGAAACUUGUGUUCGUUGUGGCCUAUCUGUUCAUUGAGGAUGGUGAAGAAAACCAUGCUUUUUGCCUUAGAUUACUACUGUUUUUUAGCAUUGCUACUUGCGUACAGAAGUACCUUCUUAAGGGUUUCGUUUCGUAGACUGUUUUAUGCAAUAUUUUUAUUGCCAUCAAAGUUUAUGCAUUGUUAUCUUAUCAUUCUCAGAUCUUUUGAUUCUAUGAAAACUGUGUAUAAACGGCUUAUAGUC